CGUAACAGAGUGGCGACGUGCAGCAGUUUUAUUAUUGCUAGUGUUUGUAUUUUUUUAUACAGUGAAUUUCAAGUUUUACGAGGAAUUAAAGAGGCUGUUUGUACACAGCUACCUCACUACAUAACUUUCUUCGUCAACGCUACCCAGUUUUGAAUGGACUAGACACAAAUAAAAAGCAGCCAUGUUCCACAACAGUUCACAGGGAAAAUACUGGAUAUGGAAAAAUGAAGACGAGAUUGAGCAGAAGAGAUGCAAGGCCAACCUGAAGUUCCGUAACAAGAUACUGGAAAGUGGGAAGCCUGGUCUGAGUGAGUCCUCGUUCAUGGAGCGGCACGAGGAGGACGUUUUAUUCCGACACUAUGAGAGGAGGAUGAUGGACUUCUGCAACGCUUUCAAGCCUGCAAUGCCCAAAUCUGUUGUGGGUACAGCCAUCAUGUACUUCAGGAGAUUCUACCUGUUCAACUCCAUCAUGGAGUACCAUCCUCGGAUAAUAAUGCUGACGUGUGCAUACCUGUCCUGUAAAGUGGAUGAGUUCAACGUGUCCAGCACCCAGUUUGUGGGCAACCUUCUGCAGGAGACCCCGGCCGGGCAGGAAAGGGUUCUGGAGCAGAUCCUGGAGUUCGAGCUUCUGCUGAUCCAACAACUCAAGUUUCACCUGGUGGUCCACAACCCCUACAGACCCAUGGAGGGUCUGCUCAUCGACCUCAAGACAAGAUACCCAGCGCUAGAGAACCCAGAGUCACUGAGGAAGAGUGCGGAUGACUUUCUGACACAGGCGACCAUUACAGAUGCAGGACUGCUGUUCCCCCCCUCUCAGAUCGCCCUAACAGCCAUUCUGAACAGCGCCUCCAGAGCCGGUCUCAGCAUGGAGAGCUACCUCAAUGAGUGUUUGGGGAUGAAAGAGGACAAGGAGACUCUCUCAAAGAUGUAUGAAUCCAUGAGACGGAUGAAAACCAUCCUAAAGAAGUACGAACUUCCCAAACCAGAGGAGGUGAAUACUUACAAAAAGAAGUUGGAGAGGAUUCAUGCUGAAUUUGCCACUUCAAGCAACAAACGGAAGAGAGGAUAUGAAGAAGAUGGCCAUGUAACAAAAGAACCACGUUUAACGGAAGAGAUUAUGAGUGACGAAGACAUGUCAUGAGCAUUUACCCCAAAAUGUCUUGAUUUAAAGUUGUUAUAGUAGUUCCAGUAUUUAACUGUCAAGGUUGGAAGAACAAGCGAAAACACGACGAAGUUUGCAUUAGUGUACAUCUUAUAUUUACUUUUCUACAGUGUGUAGAAACUUGGGGUUGCCUUUGUUCUGCAGUAAGAAUAAAGAUAUUUUUCUA